AAUGUUUCGUUAUCUGUCAUUCUGGUGAGAAAAAAAAACACCGCCCAGAUCUAAAUCCUACUAUUUGGGCUCCUUCAACGGCAGAGCCAUGAUGAAUGUCAAAGUCUUACAAACCCCAGCUGUAAUAAUUGAUAAUGGAUCUGGGUCUUGCAAAGCUGGGAUUUCUGGGGGAACUGAACCGAAGUGCAUUGUCCCAACCGUUGUUGGUCGUUUCAGAGAGAGACCAGAUAAAAUUUAUAUUGGGGGCAGAGCCCUGUUCAAGAAAGGGGCCUUGCUGAGUUAUCCUGUGGAACGUGGGAUUAUUUCCUGUUGGGAUGAUAUGGAGAAGCUGCUGAGAUAUAUCUACAGAUAUGAACUUGAAGUGAAGCCCAGUACAAGGCCUGCGUUUCUUUCAGAGCCCCCCAGGAAUCCAUUGAAGAAUCGGGAAAAAACCACAGAGCUGAUGUUUGAAAGCUUUAAAGUUCCAGCUUUGUACCUUGCGAUCCAAGCUACUCUAGCUUUGUACACUUCGGCUCGUACCACUGGUUUGGUGCUGGACAGCGGAGAUGGAGUAACCCAUGCUGUCCCAAUUUAUGACGGAUACUGCUUACCUCAUGGGGUGUCCAGGCUCCCUCUGGCAGGAAGGGACGUGUCAAACUACUUGGCCAAUCUCCUGUUGGAGAACAAACCUGGUUUAGUGGCCCGAGCCAAGAAAGCCACGCUGAGGCUCAUCAAAGAGAAUUGUUGCUACGUGGCUUUGGAUCCCAAACAAGCUCAGAAGAAAGUGGAAGAGAUUAUGAAGCUGCCCGAUGGGAAUACCCUCAAAAUCCAACUGGAUCUCUGCCAAGCGCCAGAAAUUCUUUUCACGCCCAAGACCAUCAGUGUUGAGGCACCAGGCAUCCAUACCAUGAUCACCAGGAGUAUCCGGAAAUGCGACCAGGACAUUUGGGCUCCUUUAUAUGGGAACGUGGUCCUGUCAGGAGGGUCAUCUCUUUUCCAGGGCUUAGAUGAAAGAAUCUUUAAAGAGAUCGAGCAUCAAGUCCCAAACGGGGUUCCCAUACGGAUCAUCACGCCCCCAGAAAGGUCCUGCGCAGCUUGGGUGGGCGCCUCAAUUAUUAGUAACUUGGUAUCUUUUCAACCGAUGUGGUUUACGCGGGAGGACUACAAAGAAUUUGGGGUGGCUGGGAUUCACCGGAAGUGUUUUUAG